CCCGCUCCUGUCAGCCGCUCCGUGCUGAGCUUGCCAGUUGCAGCUGAAGUUGCACUCAGAAGUUAGCGUGUUUGCCUUUCAUCCGACAGUAGCAUAACUACAAGCUAAACCAUGGCAGGGAAGAGGGCAUUGGUGAUCCUUUCUAAAGGUGCAGAGGAGAUGGAGACCGUCAUUCCCGUGGACAUUAUGCGCAGAGCUGGGAUUGCUGUGACCGUUGCAGGACUAACGGGUAAAGAUCCAGUGCAGUGCAGCAGGAACGUCGUCAUCUGUCCUGACGACAGCCUGGAGGAAGCAGGCAAACAGGGUCCUUAUGAUGUGGUUGUUCUGCCUGGGGGAAUGCCAGGGGCCCAGAAUCUGGCAGAGUCUCCUGCUGUGAAAGAGGUGCUGAAGGAUCAAGAUGGCAGGAAAGGCCUGAUUGCAGCCAUCUGUGCAGGUCCCACCGCUCUUCUGGCACACGGCAUCGGGUUUGGUAGCACGGUUACUACACACCCUGCUAUGAAAGAGAAGAUGAUGAAUGGAGACCACUAUAAAUAUUCAGAGGCUCGAGUUCAGAAGGAUGGACAUUACAUCACCAGCCGUGGGCCAGGAACCAGUUUUGAGUUUGGCCUGACGAUUGUAGAAGAACUUAUGGGGGCUGAGGUUGCUGCUCAAGUCAAGGCUCCUCUCAUUAUGAAAGACUGACUCUAGCUGUGUUCACUUACACCCUGCAAGCACUAUUGUCCGCUUUAAGUCUGGCACUUCUAAUCCAUUGUAGCUGGCACAAACAGUCAAAGUCAUGAGUGACAAAUCAUUAUCCCCAAGGGACAUAAGGAUGUCUCUGUUCUGAUGGAUUACUGUGCUUCUUUGUCUUUCUGUGUGGGCAGUGAAACUUGUCCUUGCCAUUAUAACACUGAAAUACAACAUGGGUCAAUACUGCACAAACUUCCCGAUUUAAAUUUAAUUUGUUUUAUUGUAGUUUUUUGUAAAGCAAAAUUGCUUAUUCAUUAUAUUGAUGGCUUUGCUGAUUUUACUGUCAUUAAAACUUCAAUGUGAUGAAA